AGAGGAGGAUCUGACUGCAUGGAUACCAGUGAACUGUCUGUAGGAGUGAUCAUCUUGUGUCAGACUCUGAUUGGUGUUUUGGCUAAUUCCUCUCUCCUCUACCACUAUAUGUUUCUUUACUUAACAAGGGACAGGUUGAGGUCUACAGACUGGAUUCUGAUGCACUUAAUUGCAGCCAACAUCUUAACAGUACUGUUCAAAGGCAUACCCCAGACAAUGGCAGCUUUUGGCUUGAAAGACUUUCUCAAUGAUAUUGGAUGCAAAUUGAUUUUCUCCUUUCGCAGAAUAGGUAGAGGUGUUUGUAUUGGCAGCACUUCCUUCCUCAGUGUCUACCAGGCCAUCAUGAUCAGUCCCAGAGACUCCAGAUAUUCAGAGCUUAAAUUAAAAAUGCACAAAUGCAUUGGUUAUUCUGUGUACCUGAACUGGGUAAUGCAUUUCAUUAUAAGCAGUGUUAAUUUUGUGCAUAUGAGGGCAAAAUAUAGCAAUGAAAGCACAACAAACCUAAAAUCUUUUAUAUACUGCUAUGCUGUGCGUCACGAUCCAACCAGUGACAUCCUGUAUGCAGCAUUAGUGUCAAGUCCUGAUAUACUUUUGCUAGGACUCAUGAUAUAUGCCAGUGGCUUCAUGGUUCUAACCCUGUAUAGGCACAAGCAAAGGAUGCAACAAAUGCCCAGGAUAAAUGUUUCUUCCAAAUCCUCCCCUGCAUCCAGAGCCACUAAAACCAUCCUUCUGCUCGUUAGCAUAUUUGUCUCCUGUUACACAAUCUCUACUAUAUGCCAACUCUUAGCAACUCUCAUGCUUAAUCCCAGUUGGUCUCUGGCAAAUGUAGCUGCAAUGUCCUCUUUGGUUUUCCCCACUGUUUGUCCCUUUCUCCUCGUGAGUCAUGACUUGCGGGCAUCCAACUUCUGCCUGUCCUUGAAAAGGAAUAUUUUCCCAAAGCCUGUAGCCAAGAGCUAA